CAGGAAGAGCCCCAGGCCGCCCCGCCCGGGCUGCGGGGCCCCGCCGGCCGUGGGCUCGCCACGCGGAACACAGAGAGUCAUCGCGGCAGGCCGCGCGGAGCGCACGCUCUGUGCCAAGAGGGCCGCGAGUCUAUGGUGCUGGAGGACCGCGUGCCUGUGGCAGGCGUGGCCCCGGCCCGCAGGCGCUGGGCGAGCGACGGUGCCGGUGGCGGAGCGCGGGAGCACCAUGCUGGCCGCCCGAUUGUGCACCAUGAAGAAACUUUCUUCUGUCCUGGCUAGGACACUCGUUUCUGGGACCAGUGGCUCCUUGUCACUUCCUGACAUGUCUGAAGGACAUUUACCCAUUCAUGUGAAUAAUGUGCGAAGCAGAUUGAGGGAUAUAGUGGGAGCAUCUACCAACUGGAGGGAUCAUGUGCAAGCAAUGCAAGAAAGAAAAGCUCUUCAUACUUUACUGGCAACACGUCAGGAAGAUCUGCCUCCUAGGAGAAUGAAAGAUAGCUACUUGGAAGUUAUCCUACCGUUAGGAAGUCAGCCUGAAAUAAGAGAAAAGUAUCUGAAUGUGCACAACAGUGUCAGGUUUGGAAGAAUUCUUGAAGAUCUUGACAGUUUAGGAGUUCUCAUUUGCUACACUCACACAAAGCAGGAAGCGCAGCCAAGGUCUCCCUUAUCAAUAGUUACAGCCCUGGUGGAUAAAAUCAAUUUGUGCAAAAAGAUCAUAUAUCCAGACUGUGACAUCAAAUUCACUGGCAAUGUUUCCUGGGUUGGGAGGACUUCAAUGGAAGUGAAGAUGCACAUGCUGCAGCUACAUGAUGGUGACUACAGCCCUGUGUUAGAUGCAACCUUUGUCAUGGUAGCCCGGGAUCCUGAAAACAAACGGCCAGCGUUUGUUAAUCCACUAAUUCCUGAGAGCCCUGAGGAGGAAGAAAUCUUCAAGCAAGGGGAAUUGAACAAGAUGAAGAGGAUUGAUUUCAGCACUGCUUCCUUACUGAAAAUGGCUCCGACAGCAGAAGAAAGAAACGUUGUUCAUGACAUAUUCCUUAAUACGCUGGACACAAGGACUGUAAGUUUCCGGAGUCGUGUUUUACCGCCUAAUUCUAUAUGGAUGGAAGAUGCAAAGCUGAAGAGCCUACAGAUUUGCCACCCUCAGGAACGGAACAUCUUCAACAGGAUCUUUGGGGGUUUCCUCAUGAGGAAAGCAUUUGAACUGGGAUGGGCAACUGCUUGCAGCUGUGGGGGUUCCAGACCUUUUAUCGUAUCUGUUGAUGAUAUUAUGUUUCAGAGGCCAGUUGAGGUUGGAUCCUUACUACUACUUUCUGCACAGGUGUGUUAUACAGAAAAAAACUAUAUCCAGGUUCGAGUACACAGUGAGGUUUAUGAUGCAGAUACCAGAGAACAUCAUACAACCAAUAUCUUCCAUUUUACAUUUAUAUCAGAAAAGGAGGUCCCACGGGUUGUCCCCAAAACAUAUGGAGAGUCCAUGUUGUAUUUAGAUGGGAAGCGACACUUCACUGCAACCUUAAAAGAAAUCUAAGAGGCACUGAAUGCUUGAAUGCUGCAUCAACGGUGUAGCAGCGUCCUGUCUUUGAAAGAGAGCUGUUGCCAGAGAUGACUACCAGACAGGUGCCUGCAGUACUUAAAAAAAAAAAAAAAAAAAAAAAUCCUUUUUAGCACUAUUUAUGUAGUUGCUUGUAAGUGUAUUUCUCUACUACUAGGAAAUUUUUUAGAACUCUACUUUGACACAGUGAUUCUUAUAGGAAAAAAGGCUGAAAAAAAAUACCAUCUUUAGAAAGCUUCUGUCUGUCUGCUUUGAGAGAUCUUGUUAACACCUUUGCUGUCUCGUCACCAUCUGCCUUAUUUCCCUUCGUAAUUCACCUUUGUGUUUCUCUGAUAAGGAGUAGAAGUUCUAUCAGAAAAAUAUGGGCAAUAAGUAGAUAAGUGAAGAUGAAGCCAUUUGACCUACAUUAACGUGUAAAUUAGGUUCAGGAUAUUGUUGUUUUUGAGCAAAGACACAAGCAUCUGGACAGUAGCAAGCUCACAAAUUAUUAGAGUGUGCAGAAGAUAUUAGUAUGUGCAUAUGCAAACAGGCAUUUUCCAUCAUCUGUGAUUUUACAGUGUUGUUGCUGCUUCUGUUUUGGAUGGUUUCCUGUUCCCUGGGGAGGAGACUGGUUUUUGUAGUGAAAUAAAAUAGCCAGGUGGGCUGUUCUGGCAUUCUGUUUGCAUACAGCCAGUCCUGCUAACCUCUUGUAAAAACUUGUUUGUUUGUUGCUGUAACUGCAAGUGCGAUCCUGAAUGAAUUAUUCAUGAUGGUCUGUAGAGUGGAGAUCUGAUUGAGAUUGGGAAAGGGCAUUGUAGAGCGAAACAUUUUGGUUUAUUUGGGGUUGGGAGCAGAGAAAGGACAAUGCUGAUAGAAUGGUAAUGGUUGUGUUUGAUAGAUGCAGGAGUCAAGGGUCCAGAGAACCUGUGUUGAGCAUCUCCCAAGUCAGCUGCUGAAUUGCAAGAGAAUUGUUAUUCUCCUAUGGGGGAAUAACUAUACCAUUCCUGUUUAAGGGUAGACUGUAAUGGAAUAUGACUGUUGCACUACUCUAAAGGUUGUCAAGUUUAUCUGUGAAGGACAGUCACAGCCACAAAAUUGGAUCUCUGAUACCUUCAAAUCAAGACAGAUGUCCUGUGUGAUCAAGACACCCAAACCAGAGUAGCAGACUCAGCAGUAGGUUAAGUGGCUAAACUAUCAUGUGCUACAGUGCAGGAGAAUAAACUCAGCUGUCCCUUUUAGGCUUAAAAUCUCCAAAAUGGGGGAAGCAGCAGGUAGAUUUGGUGUGACUCAGCAAAGACACAUGAAACAGGUUAAUAAAAUAAAGCAACGUAGUGAGAUUUUAUUUCUAAGUAGGAAAGUUUGAGAAAUUCAUGAUCAGGAGCAGCUUCCUCUGACACUAGAAUGAUGAUGUGAAGUUCAUAGCUUGUAAAAGCUGAUGGCCGUUCACGGCAGGGGAACGAGCGUUCCUUCUGCUGGCGCAUAACACGUUGGCCUUUCCCUUCUAAGAUUUUGCUGCAUGUGUUAGACAGCUUUCCAGUGGAGAAACAGCGUUACUUGAUAUGGAUUACGUUGUUGCGUUGCAGUGAUAGCAUGCUCCCUCUCCCUUAUAUAGAGUUCCUCUCUUCAGCCACACUUCAUUACUGAUGCAGCUAUAUGAUCUUAUACUCCUUUAAUAGUUACGAAACUGGGGGUAUGUACUACGUGUGUGUUUUCUGUUUUCUUCCUCUUUGUGCUCUUUGGAAGCUGAAUAUAUUUGACUGGUCACACACAAAAAAAAAGAACUGAAAUUCUGUCCCACCUUCACCCCCUGGCUGUGUGCAUGACUGUGGAGUAUUCAAACUGAAGCAGGAAGUUGAGAGAUCUGUUUCAGAACUACCUAUUACUUUUGACUAUAGUUUUUUAGCAUUGGCCCAGUGGUCCUACAUGGGUCACUUUUGCAUAGCAACUAUAAGUUAAGCGAGUACCAAACUCUUCCUCCACUGCCAGUUAUAUUUAAAUAUGAAUUCAUCAUAAUUUCUAAAGUUACCAUUUGGAAAGUGUUUGGAGAGGAAGAAAAGAGAUAAUGUAGUGGGGAGGAAAGCAUGACAUAAAACUCCCUGGAAACAGUGAAGAAAAUGAAUCUAGCAAAGGUUCUUAAAAGGAUGUGUAUUUUCAAAGUUCAUGGUGUCUUAAGAAUGUACAACAAUCACAGUUAACUAUAGAAAUGUAGGUAUUGCCAUAUAGAAUAUAGGUAUGUGUGUGUAUAUACAUAUACAUAUAUAUAUAUAUAUAUAUAUAUAAAAAUAUAUAAAAACUAUGUAAACUAUGUAUAGUAAUAAAAAGAAAGACAUAGAAUAUGUGUUCAUGUAUUUUUAAUCUUGGAAGGUAACUCCAGGCUGACUCUGUCUUUGAGACUAGGCCAAGGAUAUCUGUGUUUGAGGAAUGUUGUUUAUGUACAUCACUGUAUGCUUUCAUGGGUAAGAUAAAAUUAGUUUUUCUUAAAUUUCACAUUCAGAGUUGAAAUAUUUUAACAUAGUAAUUAUUGUUAGGUUUAUAUUGCAACUUAAUGACCAACCCCUUGCUGCUAUAAAGUGACUAACCGUUACCACAUAAGGCUAAAUGUGUUAAUAGAAAAUAUUUUUGUUUAUAGCUUAACAUGUCUGUGGAACUGGCUAUGGCUCUGUAGUGGAAAGUAAAUGUUUCUGUGCCCAUCAUGUCUUGGAAUACAGCAAAGAAGUGGGAAUUCCAGCAGCUGGAUUGCAACCCCAAGCCUCUUAGUUAACAGUAAUGUAUGAGGUGAAUUCUGUGAGAUCAGGUGGGCUAAGUGCCCCCCAUAGUGCUUUAUUUUGGAUGUCUUUAUUUCUUGUGUCAAAAAUAAAAUGAUUAAAAAUGA